AUUGUGUCACAACAUACAGUUUGGAAAGUACUGCGCCACGGCCUUGCAAAAAGUUUAUCAAAAGGAAUUAGAAGGGAAAUCACUCUACUCAAGAUCAAAAAAAUCCUUACAUCCGGGCACUAACCUUCCAUGUUGACGAUUGAAGGACAAACAUUUUAACAAAAUGUUGUCAUUGUUUAGAUCAGGUUAGUGGUUGUCGGCUUCAUAAGAAGUGAAUACUUGUAACCUUGGUCAUACCGUAACCUCUUUGACUAAGCAAAAAAUUUUAGGCAUUCGUAAAUUUUAUAUUUAAGGAAUAAUAAAGUUAAGUUUUCUAUUGCAUUUGCAAUCUCUAGACUCCCUACUUGAAGAAAUAGAAAUCCAAGCCCAAGUAACAAGUUCAAUAAAAAAAAAGACAAAAAUAAUAUUUAAUUAAGUUCAACAGGCCCUGCUAAUGGUAGGCCAAACAUUUAAGCCUAACUGUAUGACUUGAAGUAGAGAAAGUAUUCUUGUUUUAGUUUCUGUUGAUUCAACACAACGUGUUAGUCUGGUGUUUGGCUAAAAUGCAGUUAGCGGCAGGGCCAGUGAUGUCUUCCAUGAAAAGAGGGGGAAAUUUAUAAAAAACGCUUGAACUUACUGUUUUUGUAAACUUAUAUUUUAAAAAAUGUUUUUAAAUUUUCAUCAAAGUGCCUAACCCUAGUAACUUCCGGUAAGCAUUUUGUAAAUUAGGGACUUCAGCAUCUUUCUAGAAAGCGCCGGACGUAUAUCUCCAGCACUAUUCGUCCGGCGACCAAGUCACAUGACCGCCGUAACAAAGUGGGGAGAGAUAUUUUGUCCAUCAGCCUUGUCACAUGACCGCGAAUGAUUCAAAACUAUUGUUAAUUUUAAAAAUCUAUUUAAAAUUUAAUUUCUCUACCAAGUAAUGUACUGAGUAUCUUGCAUGCAAAUAAUAGAAAAAAACUGAAGUGAAAGUCGCUUGUAAAAAUUUUUGUUUAUUUUGUUAUUUGAGUUUGUGUACCAGUAAUCCAUAAAAUAAAUAAGGGGCCAGUAUUCAGUAUGGAGUAGGCAACCAAUAAAAGUAAAAGAUUUAAUUUCAAAUUGUUUAAAUUGCUACAAAAUAUUUUAAAACUUCUCAUAAAACUACUGUUGCUGAUGAACAUGAUAAUAUAAAUAUAAUAUAAAAUAUUUUUAAUUAAAAUGGGGAAAAAAAACAAGAUCCCAUACUGGGCAUUGAUCCACACACAUAUAAUAUCGUCAAGCGACAACUCUACCACAAGACCACACAAGAUUUUCUAAUGUGCACUUUGUUCGAAAUAAUGACUACUAGUCGUCCGGUGGUCACGUGACAUGCCCGCUGGACGUAUAUCACGCUCACUAUUUGUCGUGUAGACACUUGGUUCUAGAAAACUCUGAAAUUCAUGCAGUAUAAUUUGGUAAAUUUUGAGUUAACGGUAUGUGUUUAGCCAAGAGUUUUCUCACCUUAAGCGCAGUGAUAUCAAUUGGGGAAUCCCAACACUGGACUUAGGGUCAAUAGAUCUAUUCUUUGAAGGACCCGAGUGUUAUAACAUUCCUGUUCUUUCUUGAGCAUUAUUUGCAUCAUAAACGAUAUGGUUAAUAUGAAGUAUAUUGAAAUGAAAUUUUCCAUAUUGAUUUGUAAUAAAUUCAACGUACAUGUUUCAAAAGAAAGGAAGUAAGAAACAUAUCCUUGCUGAUACCCCAAGAACCAACUCUGGUGAAGAAAAAAAAGACGCCCGCCAAAAUUGCUGUAACAAAUAGUUGAAUCAAAAUACCUGUAUGUUGAAACUUGGGUAACAAAAGGAAGACUAUUAAUUAUUAAAUUGUAUUUGGAAUGAUCUUCUAGGAACGCUUUAAAUACAAAAAUAAGAAACAUAGAAACUCUCUGGGUACCCUCCCCAGUACUCCUCCCCAAUUUAACAAAAAAUUUAAAAUAAGAAAACAAUAACUUGCAUUAUGUAAAUACAAACAUCGAAAUCUUUUUAGUAUGGCACUAUAGACCGCGCUGUAGAUAGAGAUGAACCCGGGGGAACCUCCAUGACCUAUAUACCAUGGAACACAUCGUCGGCCUUAGCGCUAACUCAAAACCAGCUGUAUAAUUUUGUUGUCUUAAAGGCAAACUUCAAUUUUCAAUUUACCAAUGGUUUUUAUUUUUUUUUCAACUUUUAUAUUCUAUUAGCCUAUAAUACAAGCUUGAUUCAAUUAUAAGGCAUUUCGGUAAAGCAAGGGAAACUACUUCAAAAUAUGCUUGGGAAAUUGUAGUGGGUGCAGAAGAAUCCAAGUUUUAAAUUUUCAGGCAUUGCUGCUUUUCCAUUAUUAAAAUGACUAUUUUAUCAUUAACUUGUGACAUCCUUCCACUUGUUCACAAUAAGGGACAUCCUACAUUCCAACUUACUGUUUUGCCUUUUUGAUCCACUUUAAUUUUGGAAACUCGUCAUAGGUAGCCUAUAUAUAAGGCAUCUUUGCCUAAGAAAUUUUUGAUUAAGCUCAAAAUAAAGGUCUUUCAUGUCAAAUAUAGAAAAAAAUUAUAUAUUUAAAUAUACUUGAGCCUAUUCUCAUUGAUGUAAAUGUAGGUUGUGUCUGACAUUCAUUAUGCUUAUCCCAGUAACCUGCAUUAUCAUAAGGUCGCUCAGACCAAUUUUGACCAAGUUGCAGUCCACACCCCCCUUUUAAUAGCGGAAGAUGCUGAUACUUAGGAAUUAUUCAAUUAUUACCAUUAUUCUUAUCAAAAUAUUUGAUAACUUGCAUUUUAGAAUGAACUUAGAAGUAAUUUAAACCAGAAUAUAUUAAUUGCAGGUUUAAAGCCACAUAAUAGUCCAUAUAAUAAAUUAUCACAAUUUGCAGUCGGUAUAUGUUGUCAUGGGCAAACACAAUUCACAGUCGCUUGCGCAAUAGCUCUACUUUAUAGUAUUGUUCUCAGAGUUUCAUUCAUAAGAGAUUUCGGUGUGACCAUUGGUCAGGGGACAUCUUCAAUUAAUUAGUUAUGUGCCAACAUUGAAAGUUUAAAAUAAUUAUUUUAUUGACCAAGGCGUUGUUCCUUUAUUUUUCUAAACACACAAUUUGCUUUUCUUACCUAAGAGUUUUUAUUGUAACCUUGGACAGGUGCACUUAGGGGAGCUUUUCAAGGUCAUGGAAUUGUUAAGGUUAUGUCCGCUGUUCCUGCACGAGGUGAGAAAACAUUCACUAGAGAAGAACGCAUUGAACAAUGGGAUUACGUCAACAGUGUUUACUUUGGCCCUGAGAGGGACAUGAAGAACUUCCCAACUCUUGUACAGGCAGACAGUCCAGAGCCUGUAAGGUUAGGCGUCAUCCCAGCCCGUUGGUUUGACUUCUUAUACCCCAAGACUGGAGUAUCAGGUAUACUUUUGUUUUCAAUUUAAAGUGAUAUUAUGUUAAUAGUAUUCAAGUUAAGGAGAAUAAAAGAAUGGUUGAAAAUGAUUUAACUAACAGGUAAGGUCUUGGUUACUUGAUGCCAACAUUGAUAAAAAGCUUAUUUUUUAAAAAAUGGGAAUUGUGACUGUUUUUUUAACAUUAGUUUUUUUAACUUCACAUUCUGAUAGGUCUUUACUUUUUUAUAAAUUCACUUUCUGAUUGGUUGCAGUUUUUACUUUAGUUAUUUAUAAGCUCAUAGGUUAAUAUAUGUUGCAGUUUUUACUUUAGUUUUUCUGAUCAGCUUUUAGGUUGAUAUUGAGAGAUGUCCAUGUAAGAGUGCAACAUUAUCUCCCACUUCUGUGACAUUUUAACCUGUGCCUGCUUAUUUGCAUAGUCUCAAUUUAUAAAAAUAUUACAAGACCAUAUAUAUAUAUGUAUAUAUAUAUAUAUAUAUACAUAUAUAAUAUAUAUAUAGAUAUAUAUAGAUAGAUAGAUAGAUAUAGCCAAUACUUGUAGCCAAAAAAACCCUGCUGACUCGUUUUUUUGCUUGGGGAUGAUUUAGCCCUUUUGUGACCUCCCCCAUAAAUAUACCAUAACAUGUCCUCACUACAUGAAAGUUAUAUGUAGUACUAGUACCUUUUAAUGCCAAAAUAUUGUAUACAUAUUUUGAAAAUCUCCCCUCUGAUACAGCAACAGUCUUUUGUGUCUAUACUAUAAGUAAGAGCAAAAUUGUAGAUAAUUUUUUUCUUUCGUUAUUAACAUUGUAUUAGUCAUUUGAAGUCAGAUUUGUAAAUUCUGAAAUGUAAGUUAAAAAAAAGAGGAUGUUGUGUGUAAUGACCACCAUGAAGCCUGUCAAAUGAACUUGUCUUGUCAUAACUCAUAUGCAACAUUGCUGUUAAAUUAAAUUUUUACCUUUAUUGGACCAAGAACUGACAUGUACUAAGCAUAGUUAACAAUGGCCAAAUUGACAAUUUUGUAUUUUUUUCAAAUACAUCUAAGCUUAACUGUUAAGUAUUAAUUGUUUGUGAUGGAGGGUUUACAAUGUCCUUUCAAUACUGUCUUCGCACUUCUUUAUUUUAAAAAGAAAGCAAUAUGUAAGUUAGAGAUAAUUUUUUUCCUGGGUUUUACUUAAGUGGCUUUGUUGUUGGAAGAAAGGCUUUUCUCUUCAUUCAUAAAUAACAAGUUUCACUUCUCAUAGGUCCAUAUGUUUUACUUGGUGGAUUUACACUGUGGAUGAUGUCCAAGGAAAUCAUGGUCAUCGAUCACUACUUCUGGGAGUUUCCCUCUUUCUGGGGUAUGGUCUAUAUUUUAAACAAACACCCCAAAGUUGGCCCAAAACUCAAGAAGUGGUUAGCUGAUUCAUAUGAGGUGGGUACCUUCUUGGACUUUGAUACAUUUAGUAGGAUUGCACUGAUUGAAUGACAAAAACUAUUUCUUUUUGCCAAUUAAUCGGAAAUCAGCAUUUUGUGACUCAUUAAUAAGUAUAAGGCCUAAUUUGAAUGAAAGGAGCAUGUCUGCUUUUAUUGUGUUUUUAUCAAAUAUGAUGUUCCAAAUAGGCUUGUAUUUGCCUCUGAGCUUGCCAACACUUAUUUACUUCCUCCCUCUCACCUGCCCCCCUCAUUCAUCGUUUUAGUUUUUUUUUUCUGUUAAGACAAUGACAAGGACACCAAAUAACACUACCCUUUUUUUCCAGAGUUUACACGACUUCAACCAACUCUUCCAAUGAAAUUUAAAACAAUAGUUUUCUUUAACUUUGUGAUGUUUGAAAUAAGACAUUACAAAAAGCUGGUAGCUGAGCAUAACAGCAACAGCCUUCCCUGCUAGUAUUUUACAUUGACAUCUUUUUUCAGAGAAACAAAAAUUUAAAUAACAUUUAAAACAAAAGUGGCAUUUUCAAUUGAAUUUUAAAUGAAAUAAAUCAUUUCAAAAAAAUAUACCAUCUCAUGAACAUGUCAAAUCACAUGACUUCAGCCUUCAUUCAAAUCACAUGACUUCAGCCUUCAUUCGAAUCACAUGACUUCAGCCUUCAUUCAAAUCACAUGGCAUCAUCCUUCAUUCAAAUCCCAUGACUUUAGCCUUCAUUCAAAUCACAUGACAUCAUCCUUCAUUCAAAGCACAUGACUUCAUCCUUCAAAUCACAUGACUUCAUCCUCCAAAUCACAUGACUCCAGCCUUUAAAAACAUUUUCUGUUGAGCUGUGACAAUGUUGACGCAGCACACCAGAGGAAAAUGAAGAACUGAGCUGUGACAAUGUUGACACAGCACACCAAUGGAAGUGAAAAAACUGAGCUGUGACAAUAUUGACCCAGCAUACCCGAGGAAAAUGAAGAACUGAGCUGUGACAAUGUUGACGCAGCACACCAGAGGAAAAUGAAGAACUGAGCUGUCACAAUGUUGACUCAACACACCAGAGGAAAAUGAAGAACUGAGCUGUCACAAUGUUGACUCAACACACCAGAGGAAAAUGAAGAACUGAGCUGUCACAAUGUUGACUCAACACAUCUGAGGAAAAUGAAGAACUGAGCUGUGACAAUGUUGACGCAGCACACCAGAGGAAAAUGAAGAACUGAGCUGUGACAAUGUUGACACAGCACACCAAUGGAAGUGAAAAAACUGAGCUGUGACAAUGUUGACCCAUCAUACCCGAGGAAAAUGAAGAACUGAGCUGUGACAAUGUUGACGCAACACACCAGAGGAAAAUGAAGAACUGAGCUGUAACAAUGUUGACACAGCACACCAAUGGAAGUGAAAAAACUGAGCGGUGACAAUGUUGACCAGUACCAUAGACAUUCCUUAAACCUGAUAAAAUACUUGAUAUGGCUCCAAUGCAGUUGAUGAUUUUAUAAAAUACUUGCUAUUACUCUAAGGUUAUUGAUGUUUUUACUGUAUUCAUUAGACUCAAAAGAAUAUAUUCUACACACGUCCCCUGAAAAGUAUGAAAGAUCAAGAAGCUGAUAAUAUUGCAAGGAAUGAACGUUUGAUUGAGGAGACAGAAACAGCUAAGCACAUCUAUCUUGCUCAGAAGGUGGGUCUUUGAUUGUAGUGUUGUAGUGUUUUUAUGCUUGAGAAAUUGUCUUAUAAGAGGAGUUUCAGAAGUGGUAUCCGAAGGUAGUAUGGCAGGUAAUGCUGUCCUAUGAUGACAUGACAGGUCUAGUCGAAUUGUCCUGUGAUGACAUGACAGGUCUGGUAGAGCUGUCCUUUGAUGACAAGACAGGUCUAGCAGUGCUGUCCUAUGAUGGCAUGAAAGGUCUAGUCGUGCUGUCCAAUUAUGACAUGAAAGGUCUAGCAGAGCUCCCCUGUAAUAACAUGACAGGUCUAGUAGAGUAGCCCUAUAAGAUUUCUAGCAGUGCUGUCCUAUGAUGACAUGACAGGUAUAGAGUUGUCCUGUGAUGACAUGACAGGUCUAGCAGUGCUGUCCUUUGAUGACAAGGCAGGUCUAGCUAGCUGUUUUAUGAUGACAUGACAGUUCUAGCAGUGAUGUCCUAUGAUGGCAUAACAGUUCUAGUAGUGCUGUCCUAUUAUGACAUGACAGGUCUAGCAGAACCGUCCUAUGAUGACAUGACAGGUCUAGUAGAGCAGUCCUGUGACAUGGCAGGUCUAGCAGCGCCGGCCUAUGAUGACAUGACAAGAGGUUAAAUAGCCAGUAUUUAAUAUUACUGUUAAUUAGAAUUUGUAUUUGAUAUAUUUCUGACAAUAAAUAAUCCUUAGUACUCAGUGGAAGAUGAGACCAUUAUAUCAUAGUACAAUGUAGAAGAUGAGACCAUUAUAUCUUAGUACAAUGUAGAAGAUGAGACCAUUAUAUAUUAGUACAAUGUAAAAGAUGAGACCAUUAUAUCUUAGUACACUAGAAGAUGAGACCACUAUAUCAUAGUACACUAGAACAUGAAACCAUUAUAUCAUAUUACACUGUAGAAGAUGCAACCAUUAUAUCUUAGUACACUGUAGAAGAUGCAACCAUUAUAUCUUAGUACAAUGUAGAAGAUGAGACCAUUACAUCAAGGUACACUAGAAGAUGAGACCAGUAUAUCAUAGUACACUGUAGAAGAUUAGACCAUUAUAUCAUAGUACAAUGUAUAAGAUAAGACCAUUAUAUCAAAGUACACUAGAAGAUGAGACCAUUAUAUCUUAGUACACUGUAGAAUAUGAGACCAUUAUAUCCUAGUACAAUGUAGAAGAUGAGACCAGUAUAUCAUAGUACACUGUAGAAGAUUAGACCAUUAUAUCAUAGUACAAUGUAUAGGGGUGUGCCGGAUCCGUUUUUUCCAACCGGAUCCGGAUCCGGAUUUUCUUAUGCGAAAUCCGCCGGAUCCGGAUUCCGGUUUCUCCCGGAUUCCGGAUUUUGGUACUAUUGGUAGAUACUUCGGUAAGUCAAGGUGGACUACUACUUUUUGUGUAUGGGAAUUCGCAAUCGGCGCCAAAAAAUCCGAGUUUUUAAUUUUCCGAUGUGUGUGUCUAUUUAUUAUUAAAUUAGUACUUUCGAUAUAUAUUUGAGUUCCGUUCCAUUUGGAUAAGUGUCUUACGAGAGACGCCAUGUUUCUACGCGUUCGCAGCAGGUUAUGCAGCUCGCUCAACCUAAUUUCGCCAUGGGGUUGGCCACGCCCCCCUUUUUAAUGGCGGAAGUUGACGAUACUUAGGAAAUAUUAAUUUAUUAUCACUAUUUACAUCAAAAUAAUUGAUAACUUGUGUUUCAGAAUGCAUUUAAAGACAUUUAAACUGGAAUGUUUUAAUUUGAGCUUUAACAACCCGGUAGAAUCCAUAUUAUAAAUGAUCAGAAUUUACCGUGUGCAACACGUUGUCAUUGGCAACCAUUCACAGCCACUUGCAUAACUGUAUCGUAGUACUACCUCAGAGUUUCAUUCAUAAGAGUUUGCCGUGUGCAAAAACUAUUAAACCAUUGGUCAGGGAAAGCUUUAAUUAAUUAUUCAUGUGCCAAAGUUGAAAGUUUAAACUAAGUCUAAACAGUAUUUUAGUGAUAAGGCAGGGAAUGCGUUGCCUUAUAUAAACUAUAUAGUCAUUGCGCAUGACGGGAUUGGUGGAAUGAGAUCACAGAAUGUGGAGAUGCAGUCCAUGUUAAAAAAUGACAAACCAAGUCGUACUUUAAAAAUUCAUAACUUUAAAACUACAACAGCUAAAAAUAUGAUUUUGGUGUUAUAAUUCUUUAAAAAAUUACAUCUUUUCAACUAUGCCAUUGGUUUAUUUUUACAAAAAGUUUAAAUUUUCUUAUCAAAGUCCCUACACUAUUGGCCACUAUUAGCGGUGCUGACUCUAGCCUCUGGUAUGUACGGAAUAUUAAACAUUAAACAAGCUCAACGCUCGAAACAAUCGAUUAAUGUAUCGUGAUCGUGUGAAAUUCGGGAAAGAGAAUUACUUUUAUUUCAGAUUAUGAUCCGGUGAGUCACAAAAUCUGGCAAAUUCCGAAAUCCGGUAUAUUCCGGAUUCCGGAAUCCGGUUGUUCCGGAUAGAUGUAAAUCCGGCGGAACCGGAUUUCACCGGAUAGUGCAAAAUCCGGCGGAACCGGAUUCCGGACCGGGGUCCUGCACACCCCUAACAAUGUAUAAGAUAAGACCAUUAUAUCAUAGUACACUAGAAGAUGAGACCAUUAUAUCUUAGUACACUGUAGAAGAUGAGAACGUUAUAUCAUAAAAUGGAGUGUUAUGCUAAAUAAUGUUGAAUAUCUUACAGGAAGGUGUACAACUUCAGCUGGAGGCUGCUUACAGACAAAGGCUGCAGAAUGCCUUCCUGGACGUCAAGAAACGACUGGUGAUUAUUACUUUUGUCUUCUUAAUCCUCUCAUUAUUUUUGUGAAAGUGGCUGAGUUCCAGCAGCAGACUGAUGAGUUACUGCCAAUGAUAGAAAGGAAAGUUUAGCUUGUCAAUAAAUUAUUUAAAAUUUCUAAAAACUGAACUAAGAGAAUAUUAUUUUGUGCGUCUAAAACAAAGUUACAAAGUUGCUGUGAGUUGAAGGCAGAAACAACCCAGUAGCACAAUUAAGCUCACUGUUAAAAGUAACAAUUCAUAGUCACCUUAGUGACACAUGUAACAUAGUUCCCAAGUAUACCAUAGGAUUCCAUCUCCAAUUUACUCUUGGAAUAUGUCUACAUAUAAGGGCCUCUGGAGUCAUUUUCCCUUAGUUUUCAGCAAUUUAGUGAUACAAGUCUAAUUGACCUAAUAAGUUGGUCAACAACGUAGAUGCUACAGAAAACUGCACUAUUUGUUUUCAUGGAUCAACAUUAAGAUUUUUGUGAAUUCAGUUAAACAUUUUUUUAUUUAGUUUACAAUCUUAUGACUAAGCUUUCUCUAUGGGGAUAACCGAUUCUCCAUAGAAUUAAAGCUAGCUUUCUCUUUGGGGAUAGUUGAUUCUCUGUAGAAUUAAAGCUAGCUUUCUCUUUGGGGAUAGUCGCUUCUCUGUAGACUUAAAACUAGCUUUCUCUUUGGGGAUAACAGAUUCUCUGAAGAAUUAAAGCUAGUUUAAAUUUUUCUUAAAAAUUAUAUAUGUUUUGGGGACUUUCUCCCAUCUUGGGAAAUCUUAGAAUACUAUCUAUCAGAAAUUCAAUUUUCUUGUUUUUUUACUACAAAUUAAUGUUCACAAGAAGAUUGAUGUUCAUUUUUUUUUACUUCUGAUACUUUAAAUUCAGAAACAACAUUUAAAAAAAUAAUUAAUACAGUAAAUAAAUUAUUUACUCACUCUUUUAUCAGUAACACAUUAUUGUACUCAAAACAGAGGGGUGAGACAUGUGGCAAAAACUUAAAUAUUUUCUAAGCACUAAUUGAAAAUAAAGUUUCUCCCUCUACAACUUGCCAGUAAAUCCAACAAGAUCUAAACAAAAAUUAAUUCAAAUGUCAUUUUUGAAAUGUAAAUCAAAUUGUUUAUAGUGAAAAGAGAUGCAUUUAUUCAUUCAUCCAUGAAGCCAAAGGCAGACUCAUGUUAUAUCUUGUGGGCACUUGUGUGUCAUCUUGUGUAUACUCUUCUUUGUAUCAUCGAAUGAUUGACUGAUUGUAUUUCUUUCCCCUAGGACUAUGAGGUUGAGAAGACCAAUGUGAGAAGAAAGUUUGAGCAGGACCACAUGGUCAACUGGAUUGUGUCAAGUGUGACCAAGAGCAUCUCACCACAGCUGGUAAGUCACUUUCUGUCACAAUGCAAUUUGAGCAUUACAACUAGUAGAGAAACAUUGUGCAAUGUUAUGCAAUUUUAGCAUUACAACUAGUAGAGUAACAUUGUGCAAUGUUAGCAUUUGUCUAUGGUUUGUUAAAAUAAUGUUUAACAGUAAUUAAAGCUGUAAAUCAUUUGAUGAUUGGAGUUAGUUCCCUUUGAAUGUAGUUGUUUUAAGUGAAAGUGAGUUGGGAAGCCAGCAAGAAUCAGUAAACAAUGUGGUAGAAUUAUGCAAAUGAUGUUGCAGAAUUAUUCAAAUGAUUGGCAGAAUUAUGCAAAUGAAUUUAAACAAAGUGAGAGCCUUUGGACCUUUCAAAAGAUAAUGUGUAAAAUGGUGCUUUGAUAAAUCUACAUUGGCCUUGUCUUCAGUUGCUACUUCCAUUGGGCUUGAAAGUGCAACAUAUGAAUUUUAGAUAACUAAUCCUAACAUUUCAUUAUUAAUCAUCAUUACAGUGUUAACUGUUUUUGUUGAGCGUUUGCAAGAGCUAUUAAUUCUAAUUUAAAACAUGUAAAUAGUUAUAAGUUAAAAAUAACUUCCUAAACAAUUAGGACCAUGCAAAUAAUUAUAAUUCUGUAUAAAUAAUUAUUCUUACCAUUUAAAUUUAAUAUUCUCUUGGCCAUGUACAUUACAUAAACAUAAUAUUAUUUCAAAAAAAUGUUUUUUAUAUCAGUGGCAAACAGAAUCUUAAAAACAAAGGCAUAUAUCAUCUUGUUGUCCCAAAUAAAUUGUGACCAUAUCUAAAUAGUUUGAUUUUAAAAGGCAGAUGAAACAAUUAAUCAGUCAAAAUUAAUGUAUGUUACUUAAUUUUUUCAGUUUUGAUUAUGUUUGUUAAAUUGUAUGUGCAGUGGGGUGAGCCCAGCCCAGGGUGGGGUACCAUGCUAUAUAACACCACUUAUAAUAAUAAUAAUACAAAUUAGGGACAUUGGCCCAUUAGGUACAUGUCAGUUUUUUUGCCAAUCAAAUGUUUCCAGCCUUGUUAUUUGUCUCAAGUAUCCUGUUAUUGAGUUAUGAAAUACAAGGUACACAUGCUAAUUGAGUAUUAUUGCACCUAUAAACCUGUAAUUGUGCUAUAAUAGGCUAUAGUGUAGGGCUGCACAGAUUUAUCGGGCAAUAAUUUGCAACGAUCAUCGUAAUCAGUCACACUCUGAGUUAAAUGAAUGCUGUGACUAUUUCCCUCACUCUCAGAAUCAAUAUGUCUUCCGUACAUAGCCUCCCAGUGGGGGGUGCACCCCCAUCACCCCCAUCUAACAAUUGGCAACCAUGUUUAUGAAAUAGUGUAAUACAUACUCACAAUUUAUGUUUAGGUUCUUAUAAUUUAGGCAUUUAAAUUCUAAAUAAAAAAUAAUAAAUGAGCUGAUGAUUCAUCAACAUAGGCUGAUGAUAUGAGUAACUGAUGGGUCAUCUACCGAUUUGUUGAUUGGUGCAGCCCCACUAAUGGGGGACUGAUUGGUGCAGCCCCACUAAAGGGCGACUGAUUGGUGCAGCCCCACUAAAGGGGGACUGAUUGGUGCAGCCCCACUAAAUGGGGACUGAUUGGUGCAGCCCCACUAAAUGGGGACUGAUUGGUGCAGCCCCACUAAUGGGGGACUGAUUGGUGCAGCCCCACUAAUGGGGGACUGAUUGGAGCAGCCCCACUAAUGGGGGACUGAUUGGUACAGCCCCACUAAAGGAGACUGAUUGGUGCAGCCCCACUAAAUGGGGACUGAUUGGUGCAGCCCCACUAAUGGGGGACUGAUUGGUGCAGCCCCACUAAUGGGGGACUGAUUGGUGCAGCCCCACUAAUGGGGGACUGAUUGGUGCAGCCCCACUAAUGGGGGACUGAUUGGUGCAGCCCCACUAAAGGAAGACUGAUUGGUGCAGCCCCACUAAAAGGGGACUGAUUGGUGCAGUGCCCCUAAAGGGUCACCUGAUUUAAUAGUCGUAAAACUGAAUGAAUUCUUGUAAAUUUAUUUAUUCUAAACAAUAUGAAUGAAUUAACUAGUGUAGAAUUUUUUGGAUGAAAUCAACAUACAAAGAGUCCUAAAUGUAGCCUUGGGUGUGUGUCAACAUACAAAGAGUUCUAAAUUUCGCCUUGCGUGUGUGUAUUUUGGUAAAUACCAUCUUUCAAACCCUUUCUAUAGUCAUUCUGUCGACAUUGAUAUUUGCAUUGAUUAAGUGUUUUGUAACUUGAUGAAUAAUUUCAUGUUUGCUUAUUUUCAGGAGAAGGAAAGCAUCAAAGUCUGCAUACAGACACUAAAGGGACUUGCUUCCAAGCAGAAAGUCGCUGUAGCUUAGAUGUAUUAUUAUUAUAGGAUUAAACAAAAUUGAAAUUGAGGAAUCGACUAGUGUGACAACAAAUAUAUUUAACAUAGUGCAUAAGUUGGCUUGAAGAAGAUGUACAUUGAGUAUCUAUUUAUCUUCUACUUUGUACUGUUUUCAAGUAAUUUUGGAUAAUGGUUAUUUGUAUUCUAAUAAACUACGGAUUAAAAUAACCAUUAAAAUUGGCAUUUGAUGAUUGUGUCAUUAAAAUUAGAGUUAUAAAUGAAAAGCGGCAUUUGAUGACCGUGUGUCAUUAACAAUAGAGCUAUGAAUGAAAGUCUUAUUUACAUUAAAAUGUAUUCACUGAAGCAGCAAUAAAAGCCCUUGCCGUUCAUUUUAUUUUUGACCUGACAUCAGAGAAAUAAAACAGCACUCUGCUUUUUUUCUAGACGAGAAGUCUUCUUGAUUG